AUGCAGCAAUCCCCCCUUGCCUGGCUGGGAGGUUGCGAUGUCGUCUAUCUCGUCUUUUGCCUCGCCGUCUCCGCAUACACUAUCUCGCAUGUGGUAACUAAAGCGGGCGACAAGUGGCCCGUCCUUAAUCCAACUGGAUUUGAGAUCAUCGGGAUCAAGCGAAGAAUGGAAUUUGCGAAGGCUGCUCGCAAUUUGAUUGAGAAGGGUCGCCAGGUGUUUCCUCAACAACCCUACCAUAUGAUCACGGAUACGUGUGAUCUUCUCAUUCUACCACCCAAGUUUGUUGAUGGGAUCCGGAACAACCCCGACUUGAACUUUAGUGGGAGCAUCGUGGAAGACUUCCACGCAUCAAUUCCCGGCUUCGAGCCGUUCCGAGAUGGCCGCGAGGACGAGCUCACCAAGACUGUUGUGAAGAAACAGUUGACAAAGCUAUUGAACCAGGUGACGGAGCCCUUGUCGGUUGAAGCCGAUUUCGCCCUUAGGCACCAUUUUGGUACUUCGUCAGAGUGGAAGGAAUACGAGACUUUUGAAGAAAUCCUUGAUGUCGUCGCCAGAGUUUCAACCAAGGUGUUUCCCGGAUCCGAGCUCUGCCGCAAUGAAGAAUGGCUCAAGAUUACCAAGAACUACACUGUCGAUUCUUUCAUUGCUGCCUAUAUACUUCGCAUUUUCCCAAAGCCGCUUCGUCAUAUCGCUCACUGGUUCCUGCCGCAAUGCCAGAGGAUCCGCCAGCAAUUUGCAGAUUCGAAGAAGCUUAUCAUGCCCGUCAUCCAGGCCCGAAGAACGCUCCGCCGGCGCAUGCAGGUAGAGGGAAAACCUGCUCCGGAUUUCAAUGAUGCCAUUGACUGGUUCGAUCAUGAAGCGAAAGGUGAACCCUAUGACGAAGCCUCAUGCCAACUCGGCCUGUCCAUGGCAGCCAUCCACACCACCACGGACCUCCUGAUCGAAACGAUGCAGAACAUAAUGUUGCAUCCCGAACUGGUCGAGGAUCUUCGAAAGGAAAUCGUUCAAGUCCUGGGCGCCGAAGGCUGGAAGAAGACAUCGCUGUACAAUCUCAAACUCGUCGACAGUGUUGUCAAGGAGUCUCAGAGGCUAAGGCCCUCGGCAAUGAUCGCGAUGCAGCGCACAGCCAUACGGGAUACUAAGCUGCCUGACGGUUCUGUUCUGCGCAAGGGCCAGCGAUGCGCUAUUGAUUCGUACGGUCCGUCAGGUAUGGCUGAUAGCGAGCAUUACGAGAACCCUGACGAGUUCGACCCGUACCGCUUUGCGCGCAUGCGAGGCCAGCCCGGACUAGAUGCCAAGUCACACCUCGUGAGCAGAGGCCCGGCACACCUCGGGUUCGGCCACGGCCAGCACUCUUGUCCUGGGCGUUUCUUUUCGUCGAACGAGAUCAAAGUCGUGCUGUGUCAUCUACUCAUCAAUUAUGACUGGAAGUUUGCACCUGGUUUCACACCAAAGCGUACCGAGAGCGGUUUUAUUUUGGGAACUGAUCCGAAGAACAAAGUGCUUCUUCGGCGACGCAGCAACCCUGAGAUCGACCUGCUUAAUUUACAAACCUCGAUAACAUAA